AGUUUUACAUGAAUCAGUUAAAAUGGUCUCCCCCUCAGCUCCAACAGUAAAAAGCAUCAGUGACAGAAACAAGUCGCAGCAUCGUUUUACUUCUACUUUAAAUACUUUUAAAUACAGUUUCCUCUCAUCCCUCUACUGGAGUCACAUUCACGGUGCAGGACCUUUACUUUUACCGGAGCAUUUCACAGUGUGUAUCAGUACUUUUACUGCAGUACAUCUGCAACGUGCAGGAAACACACCGACGAGCUCAGGCACAGAAAUCAACCAGAGGAACCGGCAGGGGGCAGCGUCACGUCACCAUGCGUCCGCUCGGUCAGAACCACAGAAGAGGAAGCAGCAGGAAGUGCCGGGCAGCAUCGGAAAAGACUAGCCUGGUUAGCUGCAGGCUAACGCGCUGUGAUGUGAGGUUUAUCAGCUUAACUUAGGAACCGAUGGGCUUGAAGCUGAGAACCAAAGACAGAGGAGGGAAGGUGUCGAGAGACGGACCAACAGACUCCUGCAGCAGGUGUGUGACCUGUGUUGACCUCAGCGGGCGUUGCCGGGGGCGAUGGCUCUGAUCGAAGGCGUAGGGGACGAGGUGACGCUGCUGUUCGGGUCUCUGCUGCUCCUCGCGGUGCUGCUGCUCGCCUGGAUCUCCACCCGCACCUCUGAGCCCCCAGAACAUCUGUUCACAUCCACCGCAGGACCCGCCCCUUCACUGAGGACCGGCCCCGCCCACCAGGACACCCCCCCCACCUCCAGCAACACAAACGCGUCCUCUUCAUCCUCCUCUCCCUCACCCUCCAGCUCUGUGAGUGACAGCUCUCUGACAGAAGCUCCCACUGCCUCCGCCCAGGAGGAUAAGGAGGAGGAGCGGGGAAGGGGGGGCGAGGCUGGAGGAGAUGGGGCGAGGAACAGAGGGGGAGGAGGAGGAGGAGAGUCUUCGUCGCCGUCUCAGAGGAACAUGGUGGUCAGACUGAAGUUUCUCAAUGACACAGAGAGAACAGCUCAGGUCAAACCACAGGACACCAUCGGAUACAUCAAACGGACCUACUUUGCGGGUCAGGAGCAGCAGGUCCGGUUGAUCUAUCAGGGUCAGCUGCUGCAGGAUGAUGCUCAGACUCUGGCUUCUCUGAACCUGGUCCAUAACUGCGUCCUACACUGUCACAUCUCUCAGCAUGCCGGGCGGGGUGCGGCGGGGGGGCCACGGCCCACAGACCAGGUGCAGGUGGCUCUGAAUGUGGGCAGCCUGAUGGUCCCCUUGCUGGUCCUCAUGCUGUCGGUGCUGUGGUACUGUCAGAUCCAGUACCGGCAGUUCUUCACGGCCCCGGCCACCGCCUCGCUGGUCGGAGUCACUAUCUUCCUCAGCCUGGUGGCCUUCGGAGUCUACCGCCGCUAGCUGCUCUCUGAUUGGGUGCUGUGGUGAUGUCAGCAGCCAGGGGCGGAGCUCUCUCUCUGUCCCUCUGACCUCAGAGCCGGCCGGGACUCACACCUGCGGGAGGGAACAGGUGCCGAUAGUUAGUUUGUUUUUGUUUCUGUUGACAUGGAGACGCUAAGUGUAAACAAGGACUUUAAUUUUUAUUUUUUUUUUAGAUCACGUUUCAGUCGGUUGAUCAUCGAUGUGCCUCUUUUACUUUCUGGUCUUCUUAGUUUCUGUCGACUGCCAGACUGUAACAUGCUCACGUGUCUGUCUGUACGUCUGUCUGUGUGAACAGGGGGAGGAAGGUCACUUGUGUAAAUUACAGCUUUUGAAGAAAGAGAAAUUCUAUUAAAUCAUUUAUUUAUCC